GCCUGCUUGAGUUUCCGGUGUGAAUGAAGUCCUCCACGCAGUCCUCUGCUUUACAAUGUGAGAAAGAGCAUUAGAUGUUAAGCUGGAAUAAAGACAGGAAGAGCUUUUACGGGAUUAAAUAUUUGUGUACAACAACAAUUUGGUACAAUAUUUACAAAAAUGUCCAGUAAGAGGAAACAAAGUAAACCAAAUAAAACUGAUGCCAAGAAACUAAAAUGUCUCUCGUGGAACAUGCAGGACAUGCUAGCCCCAACUGUGGAUAUUCAGUCAACAGACACUUAUACCAGUGCAUCAGAGAUUACUUGUAAGGAAACAGAUGAUACUGCUUGCAAUCUCAAAAAAUCAUCACAUCUUUCACAGACUACUGUUAACCAAAAACUACAGAAGCACUUAGAUGAUUGUGAUUUUUAUUUGACUGUUAGGAAUACCUUUAGCUUGAAAGGUAGUGCUUGGUCAUGUCUGCUUGGUUCAUUCAAAAUUAAACUAACACAAGAGAGUCAAUGCCAGAUUGAAGAUAUACUGCCAAAAAGUGAAGAAUUCUGGCUAUAUGUUAGUGAAAUUCCAGGUUGCAGUUUUGUAUAUUUUGAGACUGAAGAUGACCAGCUAUCUCAACCAGGCCCGUCAACCUCUGUGCCCAAUUCAUCUCCGUGUGAUAAGAAUCAGAUAUUUUAUACUGUAUAUACAGGGAAUCUUACACAGGAAUUACUGAAAGGGCUACAGCUCAAAUGUUUUCUUUUGGUCUACAACAGUUUCGAUCCAGUGACCGGCGAGAUAGAAAUAUGCCUUCACUUGCUUGAGUCUGGAUUGAGUAAUCAGGCUUUUGCCAGUGAGAAGACAGUCUCUACAAGUGCUUCAUCAAGAAAGACCACAGCAAUUGAAAAAGUUAUAGAAUAUUUCUAUGGAAUUAGAACUCAAGAUUAUUUUGGACAUACAUUCCAGAAGAAACAUGAUAUUGAUGGCUUAUUUAGGACAGUUAAGAAUUAUCACCAGAAGGAGAAAAGACAAGUCAGUUUUGAUGUCCAGCAUGUUGGUCUUAAACCAGUGUUGCGGGAAUAUCAAAAAGAUGCUGUGCUGUGGAUGUUAGAGAAAGAGAGAUACAGAAGGGAAAAUGAUCCAGUUGAGACCAAAUUACAUUGCCUGUUUGAAGAACUCCAAACCAGUGAUGGGAAAUUAUUAUAUUACAACAAAUGGGGUGGCUGUGUUAUAAACUGGAGACCUAUGUCAGUAGUGUCUCCACCUGGUGGGAUAUUGGGAGACGAGAUGGGAUUAGGGAAGACAGUAGAAGUUCUGGCAUGUGUCUUGAACCAUCCAAGGACAGACCUGCCCCCUCCAAUUCCUAUGGAACCAUCCACUGGUUAUGUGAAGGAAUUACUGAAAGGGCUACAGCUCAAAUGUUUUCUUUUGGUCUACAACAGUUUCGAUCCAGUGACCAGCGAGAUAGAAAUAUGCCUUCACUUGCUUGAGUCUGGAUUGAGUAAUCAGGCUUUUGCCAGUGAGAAGACAGUCUCUACAAGUGCUUCAUCAAGAAAGACCACAGCAAUUGAAAAAGUUAUAGAAUAUUUCUAUGGAAUUAGAACUCAAGAUUAUUUUGGACAUACAUUCCAGAAGAAACAUGAUAUUGAUGGCUUAUUUAGGACAGUUAAGAAUUAUCACCAGAAGGAGAAAAGACAAGUCAGUUUUGAUGUCCAGCAUGUUGGUCUUAAACCAGUGUUGCGGGAAUAUCAAAAAGAUGCUGUGCUGUGGAUGUUGGAGAAAGAGAGAUACAGAAGGGAAAAUGAUCCAGUUGAGACCAAAUUACAUUGCCUGUUUGAAGAACUCCAAACCAGUGAUGGGAAAUUAUUAUAUUACAACAAAUGGGGUGGCUGCGUUAUAAACUGGAGACCUAUGUCAGUAGUGUCUCCACCUGGUGGGAUAUUGGGAGACGAGAUGGGAUUAGGGAAGACAGUAGAAGUUCUGGCAUGUGUCUUGAACCAUCCAAGGACAGACCUGCCCCCUCUAACUCCUAUGGAACCAUCCACUGGUUAUGUGAAGAAAAUUAAUGAAGAACAACAUCCCGAUGCUUGUAUUUCUGAAAAUACUGAACAAUCCAACUGUUCGUUACCCUCGUUGACCGCCUCUGACAGCUUAGUUCCAGAGGUUGAAUCCUCAGAGGAAAAUCAGGAACUCCAACCUGUCAAAUUCCCCAUUGUAAAUAAUAACAAAAGUGAAGGGCCACCAGUACAUUUGUCAGAGGAUAUAGUUACUGUGAUGCAGCAAAGUGCAGAAAGUAAUGACUCUGAAGGGAGUAAGCAGGAUAUUUUGAAACUCUGUGAAAGUGAUUCACAGAACAGUGCAAACCACUGUAAACGAGAUGAACAGUUGUCUGGUGAAGCUGAACUGAAAACAAGUGGUUUGUCUGACGAGAUGUGUGCCAGUAACUCCGUGGCAUCAGUACACUGUGCAAUAACUGAAGGAGAGGCUUCCAAGAUGCUGGAGAGUGAGCCUUUCACAGAUACCUCUCAGGGAAAUUUGAUUACACCAGGGCAAAGUGCAAUGCAAUUAGAAGAACAGAAAAAAAGUCACACAAGAAAGUGUGAAAUAAUUGUGAAUAAAGAGGAUGUUCAUCAAGCAGAGAGCGUGAGUUCCAUCGAAGAUCCUUUGUUGGAAGAUCUGCAUGAAGGUCAAGGUGAUGGGACUGAAAGACCUGCUGCUCACAAAAGCCAAUUUGUUGAAGAAAUGACUGAUUCAAAUUUUACUGUAGAUUCUGAUACAGUUUCUGGUGAAUCUAAGAUGAAGACAAAAAGUAAGAAAGGAAAAAGAAAAACCAGUAGGAAGAGUUGGAAGAAGAACUCAGCCAAGAAGAAAAACUUAACUCAGAGAAAGAAAACUGAGUCGAAUGGGAAAGUAGAAAAUGACAAAAAUCCUGAUGGACCUAAAAGAACAAAAAAGUCCCAAAAAUAUGAAAUUCUUGUCCCAGUUGAUGAAGCACCAGUGCCAUCUAAAGGGUUUACUGACAAGGUUGACCAGAAGGAGUUCUUUGAGUGUGUCUGUGGCACAAAAGAUGAGGACUAUGAUCCCAAGCCCAGAGUCCAGUGUGAAAGAUGUGGUCUGUGGCAGCAUGCUGAAUGCCUGGCAUAUGACCUCACUGAUCCAUACCGAGGCGUAUAUAAAUGUCCACAUUGCCAUGUGGCUUCUCCUCCAGUCCAUUCCUGUGCAACUCUCAUCAUUGCACCAAAUGCUAUAUGUCACCAGUGGGUAGAAGAGAUAAAGAAACAUGUCAAACAGGAGGCCAUGAAAGUCUUGGUAUAUAAGGGAGUGAGUAAGAAGCAGUACAUACAGCCACAGACACUGGCCAGCCAGGAUCUUGUCAUCACUACAUAUGAGACUCUUAGAUCUGAAGUCAACUAUGUGGAUUUGCCACAUAGCAAUAGUGAACUUGGGAGGCGGUUUCGACAUCCAAAACGUUUCAUGGCAGUUCCCUCCCCUAUCAUAGCAGUGGAAUGGUGGAGGAUUUGUUUAGAUGAGGCUCAAAUGGUGGAAUGUGUUACAACAAAGACAGCUGACAUGGCACUGAGGCUGUCUGCCAUUAACAGAUGGUGUGUGACAGGGACUCCUAUUCAGAGGAGCAUAAAUGAUCUUUAUGGCCUCCUACUCUUUCUUGGUGUGGAUCCCUACUGGGUACAACACUGGUGGUACAAGUGCCUCUAUGAACCAUUUUGCUUUGGAUUCCCAGAAGCAUUGAAUAAAACAGUGGCAAAUGUUCUGUGGAGGAAUGCCAAGCAUGACGUCAUUGAUCAGAUCAAUCUUCCUCCUCAAACAGAGAAGAUGCACUGGUUGACCUUUUCUCCAGUUGAAGAACACUUUUACAGGAGACAGUACUCAGACUGUUACAGUGUAGCUAUGAAAAAUCUGGGAAAGUGGUCAGACAGUGAUAUAAAAUUGAAUAGCCUGGAUAGACACACCAUGAGCCAGCUGCUAUAUCCACUGGUAAAGCUCCGCCAGGCAUGUUGUCAUCCUCAAGCUGUGAGAGGAGAGUUUGUCCCUAUUCAGAAAAGUGCAAUGACCAUGGAGGAACUGCUGGAGUCUCUUACAAAGAAGAGUAGAGUGGAGUGUGAGGAAGCACAUAGACAAGUGGUUGCAGGUUUAAAUGGCCUAGCAGCUGUGUGCAUCAUUAAGGGAGAGUAUGCCGAGGCAGCAGAGAAGUAUAGGGAAGUGUUAAGGUCUGUGGGAGAACACAAGGCCGAAUUGAGAACCGAUGAUCUGCAGCAGAUCCAUGCUCUUCACAACCUACAUGAGAUAUUAAUCCAGAACUAUCCUGGGAUUCCUCCUACACUGCAGGACGACAAGCUCAAGGAGAUGGCUGAUGAAAUGAGGCACAAGUAUCUCAUGAAGGCAGAGGCUAAUGUAAAAGCAGUCCAGGAAGCAGCCCUACCAGUCCAAAGACAGAUCAGAGAACUCACAGCAAAGUUCCGUGGUGGCCAGCACUGGUGGAUGGAUCUGAUACAGUGGGUGGUGGCAUCAGACAUGGAUGAUGUACUGAUAGAAAGAAUCAAAGAUGACUUACUGUCCAAUCCUAAUUCAGACAUGACAAGUAUUGCAUACAGGUUCCGUGACCUCCGUGGCCUGCAGUUUGUUGUUUAUCAACAGUUAGACUCGAUGCAAAAUGCCAGGGAGGAGCUGUGUACAACACUCAGACAACUCGGCUGUAAACCUUCACUGGAUGUCAUCAACACCACAGUGGAAUGCUGUCUUCGACCAGCAGGGGAGAUAAAAAAAGACUGUCCAUAUUGUAAAGCAGAUGAACUUUUUAACAAGUAUGAAUCUAGACUCUUCUCAUUUGUUGAUAAAGGAGUAUUUGCUGCAGAUGAGACUGAUGAACUGGGGCAUGUUGCUGUGGGGACGAAACGCCAUGGCACCUGGGCCGAUAGUGAAGUGGAGAAAGUCUUGAAGAACAUAUUGACUUAUGCUAGAAAUUUUGGAGGUGACUCAGAGCUGAUGGAACAUGGAAGGCUUCACUUUCAACUGCUGGAUGGAAUGAAAAAGGAAUUCAAGCAUCUACGGUCGAUUUGGCUUAUGUUGAGGGAGCAAAUAUCUGCUAUAGACGAGUUGAAUAUGGCUACAACAAGAAUACGUCUGCGACUCCCAGAUGAGCCAAAGGCUGACCCCCCUCUGCUGCAUGUUAUUGAACCUACAGAGGCCCAGGAUGCCCUGCAGGGAGGACUGAACCCAGAGCCCUGUCCAAUCUGUCAGAAAGAACUAGGCAGAGAGUGGAGUGUGUUGCACUGUGGCCAUUGCUACUGUCUGGACUGCAUGAGGAUAUUAAUAGAUGGCUACAGCUGUGGAGGCAGGCAGACACGUGUUAAAUGCGCCAUCUGUAGGCAAACUACUGCUCAUGGGGAUAUCUCAUAUGUCAGCACAAAAGCUGACAAGAACAAUGAAGAUGGAGCAGAAAAUAUCCACAUUAAGGGUAGCCAUUCAACAAAAGUGCAGGCUGUAGUGCACACCAUUAAACUUCUUCAUGCCACUGAACCUGGGGCCAAGGCUCUUGUAUUUUCAACAUGGCCAGAUGUGCUAGAUUUGAUUGGAAGGGCACUUACGGAGAAUGGUGUCCCAUUUAAGUCUUUGCAUCAGCAGAACAAGUUUCAGACCAACCUUUCCUGCUUCAAGAAUGACCCUGGUGUUGUAGCCCUCCUCCUGCCUGUGCACUCGGGGGCCAAUGGACUGAACCUGAUUGAAGCCACCCAUGUACUGAUGGUGGAACCUAUCCUUAACCCAGCACAGGAACUGCAAGCAGUGGGUAGAGUGCACAGGAUAGGGCAGACACGACCAACUGUAAUUCACCGAUUCAUAGUCCGUGGGACAAUUGAGGAGCGCAUUUAUCACAUGCAUCGGUCUACUCAAGUUGACAAUUUCCACAGCAAGGAGGACAAUAUGCUCACUAUUGGUGAUUUGACUGCACUUUUCAGACCCAAGGAGGCAAGUGAAGGCACUGGUGAUUGAGAAUUUAUUUAUUUGAUUUUUUUAAAAUAGAUAUCUUGUACCAAUUAAAUUUCUUGUAGUGUAAGAAAACCUGUUAUGGAAGUUUAUUUUUUGAAGGUUACUGAGGAGUACCUUUAAAUAUUUUAAUGUGAGACUCACAGGAUAUGCUUCCUCUUUAGGAAAGGAAUGAGUUCCUUUUGAGAAGAGUUGCCUUCUUUUUGCAAAGCAUGCAUUCACUAUUCAUUUAAGAAGUUACCUAGUUUAGCUUUAAGUAACAAAACUUUGUUAAUUAAUAUCUUUAUUUAAUUUAUAUAUUAAGAAUACACAUUAAAUGGUGAAAGGAAUGAGUUCCUUUAGAGAAGAGUUGUCUUCUUUUUGCAAAACAUUUGCAUUUGCAUUUAAAAUAUUCAUUUAAGAAGUUAACUAGUUUAGUUUUAAGUAAUAUAACUGUGUUGUUAAUUGAUUUCUUUAUUUAGUUUAUAUAUUAGGAAUACACAAUAAAUGGUCAUUGAAGGUACAACAAUGUUAGAAACAAUUACUUUUUUAACUUUCAUUUUCCUUUAGCGGUGAAAUUUGUUUUGGCUAGUUGAUACGAUUUCUUUUUAACUAGUAGACAGUCUGUAAGCUGGAAGAAGGUUCAGUGCAAAACACUGGAUUUUUUUUUUUUUUU